AUGAGUAUAAUGCUGGCGCAAAAUCCAACAAGAUUGUGUCGAAUUCCACUUGGUAUUCAAGCUCAAUCAAUUGACUAUCGGACGGGUGGUUGGUCAAUUCAAUGGCAAUGGAGGCGACCGGACGCCACACUCUAUCUUCUUUCAUUCUAUUCGUUUGCACCUGGUGGCGUCGAUUUUCAAGUUCGAUAUUGUUGUCCAAUAGGCUCAUUUGUUGGAACAACAACAACAACAACAACUCCUUUGCCUUUGGAUAAUACCAGUUGUGGUAAACAAAAAAUUGCACCACGGUCCAGUAUAUCAAAUCGUAUUUUUGGUGGAACAGAUGCUAUUCCGAAUUCAUGGCCCUGGAUGAUUUUCUAUCAAGAAAAGAGAACAUGUGGUACCAACACAUGCUACGGCUUAUGCGGCGGUACUUUGAUCAAUGCAAAUUACAUUAUUACUGCUGCUCACUGUGUUGGUACUCGAAAUCCAUCAGACAUUACUUUGGUUGCGGGCAUGCAUAAUAUGUCGUCUAAUACGGAGACAACUAAACGACAAUUCCGUACUGUUCAAGCGAUCUAUGUUCAUCCUCAAUACGAUACGAUGACCAAUAUGAACGAUAUUGCCAUAUUACGUGUAAGUACACCGUUCACAUUUACUACGUACGUUCAACCGGCAUGUUUGCCCGGUAGCGAACCGAAACCAAACGAUCAAGUGAUUAUUGCUGGAUGGGGUGCUCAAGCGUUCGCUGGAUCAGUUCAUGACACACUCAAGCAAGCUAAUACAAAAGUUGUUGAUAAAUGUGACUCCUGGUGGUUAUCAGUAGACAGUUCGAAACAAAUAUGCGUCGCCAAUUCCAUCGAUGGUAGUUCGGCUUGUCAAGGCGAUAGUGGUGGACCCAUUCUAGCUCAAUACAAUGGACAAUAUGUGGUAUCAGGCAUAGCCAGUUAUGUGAAAGACUGCAACACAAUGGGAUCUUCAAAUGCACCCAAUGUGUAUACUCGUGUAGCACCUUACAAGGCGUGGAUCAAAAGUAUCACGAAUUGA